CUUUGCAUUAGUUCAAGGUGAUUUGAGGAAGUAACUCAUCGUUGGCUUAGUAAAAUUAACCGCGAAACACGAAUAUCGGUCAAAAGAAAUCUAUUAAUAAAUAAAGAAGAAAUUAGUAAUAUACAAAAGACGAGUGGUUUGUAAAAGAAAAAGAAAAAAAUGGCAACUUUUGUUCCUGAUCCAGAAAACAUUAAAGCAAAGGCUUUACAAGCUUUUGUCCAAGAAUUUGGUGUCGAAGCAACCAUUUGUGCUUGUGCACCUGGUCGCGUGAAUUUAAUUGGCGAACAUACGGAUUACAAUGAAGGAUUUGUAUUGCCAAUGGCAUUACCUAUGGUCACAAUAAUAGUUGGAAGACCAAAUAAUAAGAAAGAAUGUAAGAUUAUUUCUCUCAAUGAAAAUAUUGGUUCAUUACGCCAAAUUGAAUUUGAUAUCAGUGUUAAAGAAAAUAUAAAAACAGGAGAACCUAAGUGGGCUAAUUAUAUAAAAGGAUGUAUUGUAUAUUUUCCAUGUGAUUUGUCAGGUUUUGAUGCUGUAAUUGUCUCAACAGUACCCGUAGGAGCAGGUUUAAGUAGUUCUGCUGCUUUAGAAGUGGCAACAUAUACAUUUCUCGAAGCAAUGAGUGGCCAUAAACUGGAAAAAGCUGAAGAUAAAGCCUUAACAUGUCAACGAGUAGAACAUGAUUUUGCUGGCGUACCAUGUGGUAUUAUGGAUCAGUUCAUUUCUGUGAUGGGAAAGGAAGGUUGCGCACUUCUCUUAGACUGUAGAGAUCUGUCAACCAAGCAUAUACCUAUGAAACAAAUAAAUGAUUAUGUUUUCCUAAUUACAAAUUCAAAUGCACCUCACAAACUAAGUAGUAGUGCUUAUUGCAAACGUAGAGAUUGUUGUUAUGAGGCUGCAAAAAAGCUUAAUAUAAAGAGCUUAAGAGAGGCAACAAUAGAUAGUAUUGAUGUGUUAAAAUCACAAAAUGUCUCUGAAGAGAUAUUGAAAAGAACUCGUCAUGUAAUCAAUGAAAUUCAAAGAACAAUUAAUGCUACAGUUGCUCUUGAAAAAGGUGAUUUUGUACAAUUUGGCCAUUUAAUGAAUGAAAGUCAUGAAUCUCUACGAUAUGAUUAUGAGGUGUCUUCCAAGGAACUUGAUACAUUGGUAGCUGCAGCUAGAGAAGUUAAUGGUGUUUUAGGAAGUCGUUUAACUGGGGCAGGUUUUGGUGGUUGCACUGUUACUUUAUUAGAAAAGAAAGCAGUUGAUGAUGUCAUUCAAAAUAUAAAAGCAAAGUAUACAGGAACUCCAACCUUUUAUAUUGCAAAACCAGCUAAUGGAGCAAGAGAAAUGGAUAUAAAGUGCUAAAUAUGAGUAAUAACUUUAUUAUAGAAAUGAAAUUAGAAAGAAAAGAUAUGCAGUAACAAAGAAAUAAAAAACUUUAUAAUCCAAUUUUCCUUUGGUAUUAGUAAGACAAAGGUAUGUAGUGAUAUCUAAGGAUAAAAAAAUUAUAAGAAUAUUGAAAUUUCAUAAAAAAUUAUAUUGUUAAUAUCAGAAUAUUUGUCUUGUAAUGAAUUCUGAUUAGUUGAUUUUAAAGUAUAUAGUUUUGUUUUAUAUUCUUGUAUGUGUAAACAUAAUCUGUUAAAAGAAAGUUUACUAAUAUGUUUAUAUAGAAAUAUUUUUAAUAUAUAUAUAGUCAAUAGAUAUAAAGUAAAUAGAAUAACAAAGGAAGGAUAAGAACUAAACGAUUUCUUUUUUUUUUUUUUUAAUUAUGUACAAAUUUCUUAUAUCUCUAUUAGGUAUGAGAAGUAAGUACAUAUUUUAUUUGUAAAAAUAAGAUGCAUAUUUGAGGCAUACCAAAGAAUUCUUAGUAUAUAUGAACUAAUUAAAAAUUGUAACAUUUAAUAAUACGAUGUUUAAUAAAAGGUAUUGUUACGAACGUUUCACCGA